UGGUUCGAGGAGGAAUGAGUAUAUGGAACGGUUCCGGGACAUAGCAAGGGAAAAUGCAUCUCGGUUUGCUCAUUUUGCACCGGAAGAAAAUGAAAAUGAAAAUGAAAUGGAAAACGAUGACAGUUCAUCUUCUGAAGAAGAACAUGAAAUUGAGGAUUGGCCUGGUCCUUUUUCAACAGCCAUGAAGAUUAUUAAAGAUAGAGAGAUGAAGAGCGUGCAAACAGGAUGUGUCUCUUCACAAACAAGCUUAGCUGCGUCUAUUAAGUGGGUUCCUAAUACGGAACCUGGGCAUGUAGGUGUGAGGUUUUCGGUGCCUUCAUUGCAAGAACUAUGCCUUGAAAUUCUUGUCAAGAAUGUUGAUGCAGUUGUUUCGCUUGAUAGUGUCCCGGAUGCUCUGAGGCAUAGGCUUAGCCAGUUGCUGUGUGACUCGAGAAAGAUUAACAAUCACUUUUUUGAACUUCUUGUUGGUGGAUCUCCCACUGAGAUUCGGCUUAGAGAUUGCUCGUGGUUGACAGAGGAACAAUUUACAAAGUCCUUUCAAAUGUGUGACACUUCCAAUUUGGUGGUACUACAGCUUGACCAGUGUGGGCGCUGUUUGCCAGAUUAUGUAAUAGUUGCUACUUUGGCACAGUCACCAAGGCAGUUACCUAGAUUAACUAGUCUAUCCCUCAGUGGUGCAUGCCGUCUUUCAGAUGGGGGGUUGCGUGCUAUUGUUUCUUCUGCUCCAGCACUUAGAUCAAUAAAUCUCAGCCUGUGCUCCCUUCUUACGUCUGCUAGUCUUUAUAUUUUGGCUGAAUCGUUAAGAUCUCUUCUGAAAGAGUUGUACCUUGAUAAUUGCCAAGCCAUUGAUGCUGCACUAAUUGUGCCGGCACUGAGGGAGCUUGAACAUUUAGAAGUUUUGUCCGUGGCUGGUAUUCAAACUGUUUGUGAUGAAUUUGUCAAGGAUUACAUCAUUGCAUGCGGUCACAACUUGAAAGAGCUUGUUUUGAAGGACUGUAUAAACUUGACUGAUGCAUCAAUCAAAGUCAUUGCUGAACACUGUCCUGGAUUGUGUGUGCUUGAUCUUAUGAACUUGUGUAAAUUAACGGAUUUAUCCAUUGGGUAUCUUACAAAUGGUUGUCGUACACUUCAUACACUGAAGCUAUGCCGUAAUCCACUCAGUGAUGAAGCAAUUGCUGCAUUUGUGGAGACCACGGGAGAGUCCUUGAAAGAACUGUCACUUAAUAACAUUAAGAAGGUUGGUUACCACACAACCUUAUCACUUGCCAGCCAUGCAAAAAAAUUGCAUUCUCUAGAUCUGUCUUGGUGCCGAAAUUUGACUGACAAUGCCUUGGGUUUGAUUGUGGAUAGCUGCAUGUCGCUGAGGCUACUUAAACUUUUUGGAUGCACCCAGGUAACAGAUGUUUUUCUUAAAGGCCACUCAAACCUGCAGAUCCAGAUAAUUGGUUUGAAAAUGUCUCCAGUGUUGCAACAUGUCAAAGUGCCGAAUCCUCUUCAAGGUGCUUUAAAUUAUUCAUCAGUCUAUGGAGAUUUGGUAUAAAUUAGAAUCGGAAAUGAAAUAUACAGA